UAGUGGUGUGUGUGCUAGUUACAGUGGGGUUGAAUGGAUUUUAAAAAUAAAUAAUGCCCAGAAAACGGAAUGGCGAAAUUCCUUUACCCGACGGUUGGGAUUUCGGACGCGAUUACGAUGGAAAAAUCUACUUUAUCGACCACAAUUCUAAGAAAACCACUUGGAUUGACCCGAGAGACAGAUAUACUAAGCCACAAACGUUUGCCGAUUGCAUAGGAAACGAAUUGCCUUUAGGAUGGGAAGAGGCAUUUGACGGCCAGAUUGGUCCCUAUUAUAUUAAUCAUAUGAGCCAAUCAACACAACUAGAAGAUCCCCGUCAAGAAUGGAGGGUCGUCCAAGAAGCAAUGCUAAGGGAUUAUUUGCAAACCGCACAAGACGUCCUAGAGGCCAAGAAAGACAUUUAUCAAGUAAAAUCCCAAAGACUUAUGUUGGCCCAGGAUGAAUACAACCAUCUCAAUAACGAAUUAGCAACUCUGGGAACAUCAAGGACAAGUUUAUGUUCAACAACGAGCACAAUCAGUACUAAAUACGAUCCCGAUCUGCUCAAAUCUGAUGUUGCGAUGGCGAAAAACCGCGUGUCGAGGUUGAAAUCUGAAUUAGAACAAAUCAGGAAUGAAAUGAACUUUACACAACGAGGAGUUGAAACUUUAGCAAAUGUCGAACAAAAAUUAAGUACAGGUCAAGGUACGUGCUACAACAUCGCCGAGGCCCAAGCUAUAAUGGCAGAACUGAGGAACAUCCAAAAGUCAUUAUCGUCGGGCGAAAAAGAAAAAGCCGAACUCAUGCAAUCUUUGGCCAAAUUAAAAGACGACUUGACACGGUUGCAACUUUCGGAAAGUUCUCCGGAUGUAUCGACGUUAAGUCUGCCCCAAGAAAAAUUAAGCACCGCUUCUCAGACUGAUUUAUCUUGCGAAUUGGUCCCUAUAGGCACGAGAUUGGCGGAAAUGGCUAAAAUGAGGCUAGAGUACGACGAGGCAAGAAAGAGAGUCCAAACGAUUCAACAAAAAUUGGCCGAUUUGGAAGAAAAAGUACAACCAGGACAAGCAGAGUCUGAUAAAGAUAGGUUAUUGCUUUUCCAAGAAAAAGAGCAACUGCUUAGGGAACUGAGAAGUAUAACUCCUAGAAUGCGUUCUAAAGAAGAAAUGUCAGAUAUUCAAAUAAAAUGCAGAAAGCUAGAGCAAGAUUUAAACAACGCUUUAGAAAUGUCAAACAGAGCCAUAGCUGAUAGAUUGCGGCUGCAUGAAGAAAAACAAUUGCUACUUCAACAAUUAAAAGAUGGCCUAAAACAAAUGACACAGUUGGAGUCCCAACUCAAAACCUUAUCAGCUAGCACUUUAUCUGUUAGCAGUAGCUCUAGCUUAGGUUCUCUUUCGACGACAAGUAGUAAAGGCUCACUAAGUUCUGGUCUUAGUUUCACAGAUAUUUAUGGUGGCCCUCAAUGUGUAGGCUCCUCAAAUGUCGACAUGGCCGAUCUUCAUAGAAGAGUAGAAAGGCUGCUGAAAAACGACAGUCCUCAUAUACCUUCACCAGUAAGAUCCCAACCUUCACUAUCACCUAGAAGCUCAUUAUCAUCAGUUUCACCUCCAGUAUCACCAAUGUAUGAAAACCUUCCCUGUUUACUACCCCCUCCGACCUAUGAGCAAGUCGAAAAAGACAGAAGAAUGCAAUCAGAGCAAAGAUUAGACGAACGAUUAUUGGAAUUAAGGAUAUCUAAUAAUGGCAGUAACGAAUACAUCAAUUACACCCCACAAAGGGUGUCGAUACCAAGUUUAUCCCCUCUAACAGACUUAUUGGAAGCACAAGCGACGAAUAUGUCCCAAGGUUCUGGUUUGGGAAGGCCCAGCAGAUACUCCUACGAAAGUUCGAGUGAUGCCCCCUUGUCUCCUAUCUCAGAAACUCCUCCACCUAUGAUAGACCAUGAUGAAAUGCUUCAGGGACCUACUUUGUCGCGAACAUCGUCUUCAGGCACUAACACCAGGUCAGUUUCUGCAGCAGUCAGCGACGAAUCAGUGGCAGGGGAUUCUGGAGUGUUCGAAGCUUCAAAUCGACGUAGAGAAUCGAGCGUAUUGGAUACGGAUACGGCUCAAGUACAAAUUAAAAUAAGGUAUAUUAUAAACGAGGGUAUAUUGAAUAUAACAGUGGAGAAGGCCAGAAAUUUGACUGCAUUGUUCAUACAGGAUAGUUCGGAAGUGUAUAUAAAAACAGCCCUAUUGCCAGCCAAUCCGCCACAAACGUGUUGUACAAAACCAGUGAGAGAUCUAAAGAAAGCCAAUUUCGGAGAUAUGUUUAACAUUCCAGUGCCAGCCAAUAAAAUAUGUACAAAAACGUUGCAAGUCAAUGUGUGGAGCAAAUUGGUGGGACAGCAAGAUAUUUGUGUGGGAUGCGCCCAAGUAAGCCUAGCAGACUUCAACAUAAACGCGACAACGCAGAAAUGGUACAACAUUCUCAGUCUCUUAGAGGAAGCGCCGGUGCCUCAUUCGAAACAAAAUUCCGAUGUGUCGAUUACGAGAGAAAAGCCGGAAGUCGCGGACAUGUCGUACAAGCAAAGCGGCAAAGAAGAAAGUUCCGACGAUUCUACAAUAAUAUCUUCCCAAACGAGUACCUUAACUAGAAACCAAGAGACUAUAGUACCUUCCGGUAUAAAUUUAGAUUUUGAUGAUUUAUAUAGUUGCUUAAAAACGACAGCAGAAUAUGACAGUGCUGACGAUUCUGAAGAAGAAGAAGAGGAUAUCGAGGAGGAGGAAGAAGAAGAAGAAGCAUUAGAAUUUAGACCAAAUGAAAAAUUAGAUGUAGUAGAAGAGGACAAAUACCUAGACAAACAAACAAAUACGGAAUGUGCCUUUUAUCCUGAACAAGCCAAACACAUGAAACUAGCUGCCCAAGGGAGUCUAGAAGAUCGAGGAGCCAUCAAAAGGAGCCAAACCUUCACUCCAAGUGCUCAUGUAUCUAAAAACGAUUACAUCUGCAGACUAAACAGGAGCGAUAGCGAUAGCGCCAUGCCUCUCUAUAGGCGAGGCAGCAAACCUUUCGAAAGACACGCAGUAGAAAGACGUUCCUUAAGGUUCAGAAGACCUUCAUGCUCGAUGGCACAUUUAUCAACCAGCAAAUCCCAAUCGCAUAUUCCACAAACAGCGAGAACUUCUAUCGAUUUAGAAUUGGACUUACAAGCUCAACAUACAAGACUAGAAAUGCUCAACUCAGAAUUAUUGAGGCUACGAGAACUGAAGCAGAGGCUCGAAGUUGCUAAGGAACAAGGAGAUAAUGAGUUGGCUAGUUAUAUUUUGGAGAAUCAACAGUUCCAGACUUUGAUUGCUCAAGCUGAAAAGACGAUGAAGACGCAAGACGAGAAGAAGGUGGAAAAAAUGUUAAGGAAAGUGUCGAGGGAGAUUUAUAAGCUUAGAAAAUCGAAAGCUGGUAAUGGAAAGCCAGAUAUUAUUUCUUUCAAAGAAAAAAUGGCCUUUUUUACCAGAACACAACUAACAGUCCCCUUUCUACCAGACGAAGAAAGUUCCCCGAUUGAAACAAACAAGUUAUUAGAAAAUAGUGAGGAAUUAGGGCCUCGAAUUGAGAUCACAAAUUCCAGCAGUAAAGAUAAGGAUAGCGAUAGUAUAGGUGACAAGGAUAAAAAUUCGCCAUAUAAGUAUGUUGUAGAUAGGACAAUGGGAGUUGAGGUUUGAAAGAUUUUAUUUUCUAGUAGGUAUUUAUUUUUCUAAUUCAAAAUAGUUUUUCACAUUUCAUUCGUUCUUGGUUGUAUUUUUCUGUUAAGAAAAUGUAACGGAUAAGACUGCAGAAACCGAAAAUAAUUAAGUGCCUCUAUGAAAAUGGGAUUUUUUUAAUAUUUAAAAAAUGUGUUAAAGAAAAUUAAAAUGUUCGAAAAAAUACAACUAAGAAUCAAAAAUUUGUUUUUUCUUGUUUUUUUAACUUUACGAUAAAGUGGAGUGAUAGAUCGCAAUAUUAAAUCUGGGGAUUUUAUUUUUGAAAUAUUCCUUUUGUGUUUUGGAACAUUCUUGACUAAUUUUUGUAAUAAUUUUUUUUUUAAAUUAACGAGCCUUCGGCCUUAACUCAUUGAUUGAGACAAAAGUUCUAUUUAUUUUUUUUCCAAAAUAAACUAGAAACUAAUGUUUUCAUAACAAAUGGGCACAAUUUUUUUUUUUAUCAAUAACAUAUGUAUAGGAAUAUUUCAAAAAGCCAUGAAGUUGUGCAUUUGGAAAAAAUGUUGCCUUAAAUUCCUAUGUGAUUAGAAAUUAUUUAAUAUAUUUCGAAGAGGAAUAAAAAAAAUGUGAUUUAGUGCCUUCAGAUCUGAAUUCGUCUUCAAAUAAAAUAAUUAUUGUUAAUACUCAAAAGUUUAUAUGGUUUUGAGCUAGAUGGAAAAUGCUGUGCAUAUAUCAUAUCACUGUAAUAUUUUUAGUACAAUCUCUUUUUUUACUUUGUUACCAUAUCCUUAAAAUAUUGUUAAACGUAAAAUUGUUCUUAAGAAGCCCCUAGUGCUUCUUCUGGAUGAUAAAACAACUUUUUUACACUAUUUAAAAAAGCCAUAGUCUUUUAUUUUGCCUAUAAUGUGUUGCCCUAGGCACCUAAAAGACCCUUUUAUUAUACAUACACACACCUCAACUAUAUUAGUUGAGUUUAUUUUUGUUAUUUAGCUUUCUUACAAAUGGUUAUUCGUGAUUUUUUUUUUGUAUAUAAUAUUGUAAAUAAUAAUUAUUAAAUUUUUAUUUAAAAAAACAUGUGUAAUAUAAAAGAGUAGUUGAUGUUUGUAAAAACAAAAAAUAUACAUUCUAAACGGAAAAAUUAUUGUAUUAUUCUAAUUCUUAUUUAAAUAAAAAUUCGUUUUUAAGAGUUUUCGUAUUUUAUUAAAACCCGAUCAAUAUUUAUGCAAUAUAAAUUAUCAUCUCUACAGCCCACAUAAAUUUGAUUUUCGAGCACAUAGGGUAAAGAAUAACUUUCGGAAGGUAAUUGCAUCCUAAAUAUGACUGUUCCAGUACAGUCUUCUAUGACAUAUAAGACUCCACUGUUACAUGUGCAAACUAUAAAUAUUUUCUGUUCAUACUCAUACACAAAAGGGGAUGAAGAAAUUGCCGAUUCAAGCUUAGCAAAUUUGGAUAUUUCACAAUCUGGAGUUACUUUAUAAAUAUAAGAAUCAUCACAUCCAAAAUAAAUCACAUUUGUAUGGCAAAUUAAAGAAGAAAAAAUGUGUCCCUCUAUAUCAAGUGUCCAUUUAGGAACUCCUUUGGCAGUGAAGCAAUAAAGUUUACCUUAAAUUUUGGAUUUUGAAUGCAAAUUAUAGUGAAAAAUAAAUAACUCACCAGUCACACUACCCCACACAGUGCAAUCCUCGAGCAGCAGACAAGGAGAUCCAAAAACAGGCCCUUCGAUUUUAUAAGUCCAAGUUACUGAACCAUUUUUUCUAUUCAAACCAUAACACAUGCCUUUUAUUGUACCCACAAAUAUCGAGUUUACAUUUACUAUAGGAUCUGCUCUGAUACUGCCAAGAAGUUUAGUUUUCCAAUUUAAUGC